GAUGAAAGUCAUACAUUUAUAGUAUAUAAUUCUGCAGAUGAAGCAUCUGAUAGUGAGCAGAAUGUUUCACCAUCCAUUAGCAUGGGUAAAUCAUUCCUAUGGAAUCAUUUUACAAAAAUACCAAAUUCUGACUUUUUUGCUUUUUGUAAUAUUUGCAAAAGAGAAUUAUCUUAUAAAACAACCACAACAAAUCUUAAAAGACAUCUAGAGAGGGUCCAUUCAGAAGAAUUAUCUACAUUUGGAGAAUUAAAUUCUCUAUUGUGGAAUUAUUUUACAAAAAUUACUAACUCUGACGACUUAGCUUAUUGUAAUAUUUGUAAUGAACAGUUUUCCUAUAAGAAUUCAAUCUCAAACCUUACAGAACAUUUGGAAUCACAGCAUCCUGAAUAUAUAUCAGAUAGUGACAGAAAUAAUACUAACAGUAUGGACUUCAGUUCCAUUGAUGAAGCAACUAGCAGUAACAACUUCUCUUCAACUCCUAAAAAGCCUGUGUCUCAUAUUUGGGAAUAUUUUACAAAAGGUGUUAACAUGCUAGCUACUUGUAACAUAUGUAAUCACGAACUUUCUUGUAUAAAGAUUUCCGAUCUCCAAAAUCAUCUUGAAAGACAACAUCCUAACUCAGUGAUAGGAAACGAAAAUAUAUUGGAGAAUUUUGUUGAUUGCAGUGGUACUGAAAAAAAUGAUUUUGGAUAUGUUGAACCAGGCCAUAGAAAAACAGUUCCCCAGUUGUGGGAAUAUUUUACAAAAAUCUCCGACAUGCAAGCAUAUUGUAAUUUUUGCCAUCAACAAUUUUCUUAUAAGUCAUCCACCUCUAACCUCAAGGAACAUCUGAGAACUAAUCAUUCUGUUGUACUUCCUUUAGACAAAGAAAGUAACAAUGUCUAUUUAGAUUUAAACAUGUCAGAUGUUUUUAGUAUAUCCCAAACUGCAACAAAUGAACCUACAGAUCCGUUUAAUGAAGAGAAUUUAAAUUGUACUCAAGAGUAUUUUGUUACUUUAGGCCAAGGCGCCAAAGAUAUGGGAAUGGCUUCAAUCCAACCAAAUCCACCAGCUCAAUCAGUUCAACUGAUUCAAAGCCCUAAUGAAAUCAGCGUAAACAUUGAAAAUAGAGAAGGAGACUUACAAAAAGAAGGAAUAGAUACUGAAACCAUAUCCAAAAUUAAUCAAUUUAAAAACGACCAGGAUAUAGGUGAAUAUAUAUCUGAUAAAGCUAGAAAUAGCUGUAGUACUGGGAAUGCUGAUUCAAGUAAAGAUACAUAUUUUUUAUGGGAGUUUUUCACAAAAGUCUCCCCUUUAAACUACUUAGCCGAAUGUAAUUUAUGUAGUAAAGUAAUUUCUUUUAAAUCUACAACGUUUAAUCUUCAAAAGCAUAUGACUAAAAAACAUCCCGAAGAGUUAAACAAGGAACAAUCAGAUCUGGUGUCAACAAAGACUAAAACAGAUGACAUUACUGGUAUUAAGAGACCAUCUACUGUAUGGAAUUAUUUUACAAAAGAUACUUUUGAAAUGACUAUAAGUUGUAAUUUGUGCAAAUAUAUUACAUCUUACAGAUCAAGUCAAGGAAGUACUGGAAAUCUUUGGAAGCAUAUCGCUAGGAAACAUCCUCAAUUAUCAGACCAAGAAGCCAGUAAUGAUGAACAUUCAGAUGAUAAAAGUGUACAAAAAGAAACAGAAGGUGAAAAUUCACAAAAAGACAGAUUUAACUCUUACGCUGAUGAAGACUCUGAUAGCAAUGAAUCUGAUACUGAUGAAAAAGACACACAAAAAUGUCGCCAACAGUUGAAUAAAGAUGACAAAAGACAUUCUUCUGUAUGGAAAUAUUUUAAAAAACUUUCUCCUUCCAAUAUUCCACAGUGCAAUAUUUGUUUAAAGAAAAUGUCGAGUAAAUCAGGUACCAGUAAUCUUUGGAAGCAUCUCAAUAGAAAACAUUCUGAUAUAUCAGCCGAUACUAGCCAUAGUGAUCAAACUUCUGACAAUGAAGAAGUGCAAGUAAAUAGUGAUGAUGAAAAAGGUGACAAAAGACAUUCUUCCGUAUGGAAAUAUUUUAAAAAACUUUCUCCUUCUAAUAUUCCACAGUGCAAUAUUUGUUUAAAGAAAAUGUCGAGUAAAUCAGGUACCAGUAAUCUUUGGAAACAUCUCACUAGAAAACAUUAUGAUAUAUCAUUUGAUAAAGAUAAUAGCUAUAGUGAUCCAACUUCUGGCAAUGAAGAAGUGCAAGUAAAUAGUGAUGAUGAAAAACAUGACAAAAGAAAUUCUUCUGUAUGGAAAUAUUUUAAAAAACUUUCUCCUUCUAAUAUUCCACAGUGCAAUAUUUGUUUAAAGAAAAUGUCAAGAAAAUCGGGUACCAGCAAUCUUUGGAAGCAUCUCAAUAGAAAACAUCCUGAUGUAUCAACCGAUAAAGAUGAUAGCCAUAGUGAUCAAACGUCUGACAAUGAAGAUGUGCAAGUAAAUAGUGAUGAUGAAAAAGAUUGUAGUAAACAAAGCGGAAGUAGUGUACAACCAGAUCUUAAUGCAAAAUCAAAUAAAGAAGAAGGAAACCGUGAUGAAGAGGUUGGUACAAGAAAGCGCUCAUCAGUUUGGAAAUUUUUUACGAAAGUUCCAUUUUCUGAUAUUUCCCGCUGCAACUUAUGUCAAACUAAAAUGACAUAUAAAUCAGGUACCACUAGCAAUCUUCGUAAACAUCUGGCUCGGAAACACCCUGAACUAUCUGUAGACAAAGAUGGAUCCUUUGUCCAGGAAAAAGAACCUCUAGUGGAGUCCACACCUCAAAAACGUGGUCGCAAAUCAACCAGUCGUGAAAUAAAGGCUGAGGUAAUAGAUACUACUUGUGAAGAAGUCAACACGCCUCGUAAGAGAGCUUCUUCCGUUUGGAAUUAUUUUAAAAAACUGCCAAAUUCCAAGAUCCCCGUUUGUAAAAUUUGCAAUGUACAAAUGUCUAGCAAAUCAGGUACUAGCAACCUUUGGAGACAUAUCGCAGGAAAACAUCCCGACAUUAAAGCUGAUAAUGAUGAAUCUAGCAGCGACGAAGAGUCUGAUGAUGAAGAACCCCGGAAGGAAGAAGAGCGAAAGCCACAUGAUAACAGUAUAAAACUUGAAGAAAUCGAAAUUAGUAUAGAAGAUAAAAAAGGCAAAAAGAAGCGAUCUUCAGUAUGGAACUAUUUUGUAAAACUUUCACCUUCUAAUACAUUACGUUGUAAUAUUUGUAAAACAGAAAUGUCUAGUAAAUCAGGUACCAGUAACCUUUGGAGACAUAUUGCCGGAAAACAUCCUGAAAUACAGACAGACAAAGAUUGUAGCAGUAGUGAUGAAGACUCUGAUGACGACGACCAAGUGAAAACUCAAAAAUGUAAGAGAGAAAAAAUUAAAUUUGAAAUAGUAGAUCGUGACAGUACAGAUGAGGAAAAAAAAGGUGGCAAAAAACGGUCUACAGUGUGGAAAUACUUUACGAAACUGCCAAAUUCUAAUAUACCGUGUUGUAAUAUUUGUAAAGCCCAAAUGUCUUCUAAGUCAGGUACUAGUAACCUAUGGAGACAUAUUGCUGGAAAACAUCAUAAUAUACAUAAGGAAAAAGAAGGAGGCUCCAGCACUGAUGAGCAUUCCGAUAAUGAUUCCGUUUCUGAAGAUGAGUUAAAGGACACCAGCAAAAGAAGAUCUUCAAUAUGGCGAUAUUUUAGUAUAGUUUCCGAUUCUGAUACAGCUAGGUGCAAUUAUUGUGGGGUGGAGCUGGCUUACAAGUCAAGUACCGGAAAUCUUUGGAAACACGUAGCCAGAAAACAUCCUGACGAAACUUCAAAUAUUAUUAAUGAAAGCACCAGUGAAGAAAGUUCUGAUGAUGAUGAAGAACCCCAAAAUGACGACCAUAAUGUACAGUCAAAAAUGUGGAAAUAUUUCACCAAAGUUUCCGAUUCAGAUUUCUUAGCUUCGUGCAAUUAUUGCCAAAAGAGAUUUUCGUACAAAACUAGCACGGGAAAUCUUAAAAAGCACGUAUAUAGAAAACAUUCUAAACAGCUAGCGGAAAAUUCUGAAGAUGACACAGAUGAAAAUACUUCCAGUGACGGCGAACAAAAAGAUUCGAAUUCUGGGAAAAAGGUAUCUCCUAUGUGGAAGCUGUUUAGAAAAGUACCGAAUUCUGACUAUAUUGCUUGUUGUCGGCUAUGUCGAAAAAGGAUCUCAUACAAAACGACUACUAGUAACCUUCAGAGACACAUUGGACGGAGACACCCGAAAUAUCUAAGUCUCAAAUACAGAAACCGCAUCAGCUACACAGCCCGCAGAAGAAACACUGCGUUGUGUGCUAGAAAUGCUCAAAAGUACAAAAACGAAUUGUUAAAUUUCAAUAAGAGUGGAUCUAGUCUAUGGGACUUGUUCUCGAAAAUCGAAGCUUCCGAUUCUAUAGCUUCUUGUAAAAUUUGUCGGAAUCAGUUAUCUUAUAAGACUACGACCGGUAAUCUGAAGAAGCACAUGUAUAGGAAACAUCGUAGCCUAUUACCGAAUGAACAACCGCAAGAUCAAGUCCAAUCAUAUUCGGAACAUGAUGAAGAUCAAAAAGAUGAAAUUCCAGAGAUGAAAGUAACUGAAAACACCGACAACAUACCAAUUCAAACAGUCAGUAAUGAUGUCGAUAAUAUCGACGACGAUGACUUUUGGAAUAUGGACACCGCUAGUGAUUCUGACGAUCCAGAAUUCAGACCAUCUCCCACGUUUGAGGAAGAAAUUGAUGUGAAAACCGGUUCGACUGGAAAGAAAAGAUCUCUCAUUUGGAAUGUUUUCACUGAGAAACCAUUCUCUAAUUUUGUAGCCAUUUGCAAUGUAUGUAACCAAGAAUUUUGCUACAGAAGUACUACCAAUAACCUCAAAAAGCAUUUUCAAAGGAAGCAUCCCAAGUUGUCCCUGGAACAUAAGAUAGAACGAGUUGUAGAAGAGAGCACAGGUGCUGAUUAUAGUGACGUAAAGGCUGAAAAUAAAAGGUUCAUGGACGACGAUGAUAGAGAUUCUUCCGAUGAAGCAGUCUCUAAUUCCAAACGGAAACGUUCGCAAAUCUGGAACUACUUUACUAGAAAAAAACCUGGCGAAUACGUGGCGACUUGUAACCUAUGCAAAAAAGAGUUAGGUUUUAGAUCGACGACCUCUAAUCUGAAAAAGCAUUUGGAUAGGAAGCAUCCUAAUAUUGAGAUUAAGUCGGAGAGUGACGAUGUGAAAAAGGAUGUUCCAGAAGUUCCUGUCAAGACUUGUUUGAUUUGUCUACAAACCGAUCAGACAGAGACCAGGGAGUUUGUAACAGUCCAAAAUUUAGACCUAGGAGAAGGAGAAAAGACCUAUAUGACUAAAAUCCAAGAAAUUAUGAAUCAACCAGUGGUGAUAGAUGAAACACACGUCCUUUGUCAGACGUGCGUUGAAGAUAUAGAGAAAGUGAUUCAAUUUAAAGAAAAAAUAUCCAAGGCAUUUGAGUUCUGGAGUAAAAUUGAGGCUGAGCCAGAGCCAGAACCGUUCGAUAAUUUUGCUGAUGAUACGCAUCAGUCAGAUUACAGCGAUUUAGAAGACGGCGAGAGUUUGGCUAAGUUCACUUGCAGUAAAUGCAACAAAGUAUUUCCCUCUCCGUCUGUUAUGCUCAAGCACAAUUGCGGACAACAACCUCGGAAAGAGAAACCUGCGGGCAGACGAGAGGUCGUCGAUAAAGAUAACAAGUACUAUUGCGAACAUUGCGGCAAAUGUUUCAACAUCAAAUGGAAGUUGAACAAACAUUUGAAAAAAUGUCAGAUUGCUGCCAAGCAGUUCGUCUGCACCUUGUGCAAUCGAGUGUUCAAAAAAGCCUACCAUCUCAGAGAACACAUGGCUUCCCAUACCGGUGAACGGAACUACAGUUGCAACCUAUGCGGAAAAACCUUCCAGAGAUCGUCCUCGAAGCACAAACACAUGCGCAGCCACAACGCCAAGCCGGGUGAAAAGUCUAAGAAGACGCCGUUCUUGUGUACCAUUUGCGGCAAGAGUUUCCCGUAUAGUAAUGGAGCUUCGAGGCAUAUGAGGGUGCACUUGGGCGAGAGGAGGCACGAGUGCCAUAUUUGCCUAAAGAGAUUCAGCCAGACAACCCACUUAAAGGUUCACCUUCGUACGCAUUCUGGUGAAAGACCUUACGGUUGUAUGAUUUGUGGUAGGACCUUCUCUCUGAACGCGAGUUUGCGCAAACACAUGCGACUACAUGUCGGAUCUGGCGAUUUCGUGAAGUUGGUGAAGAACUUUGAAACGAAUCUGGCACCAGGUGAGAUGGUGGCUACGGACGGGUUACACGUAUUGACAGCUGUCACUCAAGAUAUAGAAAUGGACGCGAAUCAGUGUAUUGCUUAAUGACUAUAAUAAGAAGUAUAGAUUUUAUUAUUAUGAGUAAAGGUUAGAUCAUAUUUAUAGUAAUUCUUGGCGUAAAUAAAUUGCUUUAUUUAAUAAAAAAAA